GCUAAAUGUUGGCGAUUAAACCCGGGUUUGUGUACAGUAAAGGUAACCCAUGCCUGACCGGUUUCAUGCAGGGCAAAUUUAGCGCGUGACAAAUUGUACAAACUUUACCCUAAAUAACCGGAAGUAACUAGUGAGGUACUAUACCCUACCGGAUAGCUAACCGGAAAAAGUACUAAGAUGAGUAACAGCAACACAUCAUCCUGAGGACAGAAAUGAACCUUGCUACUCCAGAGGCAAUGGGUCUUGACCCUGCUGUGCUGAGAGACCAACUCCUUGAGCUAUGGAACUUGAAAGAUCUGCAGACGGAAGUACCUGUUGCCAGAGUUUGCAUUCUUAAGCUGAGACCCAGAAUGUGUCACGUGUGUUUAGGGGGCUCAGGGAGAGAACUACAUUUGGCAUCUCAUCAGGGAUUUUCAAAGCUUUCUCAGCCUCUAGAAGGCUUACUAACAAUUCUUGAGGGCUGUUCUGGCAAACAGAAGGGCCGGAGCCACACCUUCAGCCAUCACAUCCUCUUGGAAUACCAAACAUGGAUGAAAGAACAUCCACAGGUCACCCUGAGCUUACUCUCAGAGGAUCAAGCAUUGGCGCUCCAGCGUCGGGCUCUGAGCUUACUAACAGAUGCCCAGUCUGCCUUUGUAGGGUGCCUCAUAGACAUCUACCAGCUCAGUUCCCUGGAUCCAGCCAUACUCCGACAGCACAUUAUGAAGUUACAGGCCCUCAAAUGCUACAAAGAGGCAGCUGUGCUCAGCAUAAAGCUGAAGGUCCAGAAGGAACUGACAGUGGAAGAGAUAUGUGUACCACUAAUCUUGCAGGGUAAGAUGCCUUUGGCAGAGUCCUUCGUCACAGGCUGCAGUGAUCUAGAAAUACGUCUGGUCACACUGCUCGACUCCUGGUGUCAUCCCAGCUUCAGUGUGGAAGAGCUAUACCAGAGGUUUCCUCACCUCUCUCUGUCCAAACAUUGCAUGGGCCAAAUCCAGCCCAAAAUGCUCACCAAACAUGUCUUGCGACUUGUGGAGAAGUUCACCAUUCAGCCAGGAUUGUGUCCCAAUGCUCUGCACAAGAGGAGAUUUGACUCUUUGCGAUUCCUGAUGUACAAGAGGUUUGUGGAGAAAAGCAUGACAGAGGAGAACUGGAGUGACCAUGUAGAGUAUGUAGUGGCAGAUGAUACUGAACUGCAGAUCAUCUUGGUGAAGAUGUUGCUGAAGUACUGUGGUCUUCAGAAAGCCUCUCAGUGGUCACUGAGAUACAAGAUCCCCAGAAAUCGACUACCCCUUGGGGUAUGGGAAUCGCAGUGUAGUCUCCCGCCUGAUCUACAACAGAUACAUCGGAGUGAUCCAGCACAAACUGAGGAGUGGAUGCCAUCUCAGUCUUACUGUCAGAAGUUCUACCAGGCGCCACUGACCAAAGACAAGGUUCACUUUGUGGAGACAUCAGAAGCUCUCCAGAGAUGUAGAAACACUAUCCUCAAGGAAGGUGGUAUAGUAGGAGUUGACAUGGAGUGGCAGCCCACAUUUGGCUGCAUCUCAUCACAGAGUGUUGCCCUGAUACAGCUUGCAGUUUUUGACCAGGUUUUCUUAUUGGACCUCAGUUUAAAUGAAUUUUGUCAACACCCAGAUACUAUCGGUUUUAUUCGGAGCUUGUUCGCUGAAAGAAAUGUGCUUAAACUGGGUUAUAGUAUGGCAGGGGAUCUCAAGUGUCUCUUGGCCACUUGGCACUCAUUAGAGGAGCCAUUGAAGAUGGAGGGGAUGCUUGAUCUUUGUAGUGUUCACCAAAAGCUUGGUAAGGCUAACAGGACUCACAGUGGCCCUAAAGAGGUGCUAGUUGGAGAAGACUCUGCAGAAAAAGGCCUCAGUCUACUGGUACAACAGGUCCUGGGAAAACCCCUGGACAAGACAGAGCAGCUGUCCAACUGGAAGAAACGUCCACUGCGCCUCAGCCAAAUUAGAUAUGCAGUGGCAGAUGCCUACUGUUUGCUGGAUGUGUAUUCUGUCCUCUCCAGCAACCCAGCAUACUUUGGGCUACCAGCGGACCUGCGCAGCAUCUCUACAAGCCAAUCAGAGAACAGUGGAGACAAGAAAGAGAAACAGACCAAACAGGGGAAACAGGCCCUUGGCAAAGAGGAUUGUCAGGGGGAUCAAAGGGUCAGUCCAGCUCACUGUGACUCAGAGAAAGGCCACCUGUGUGGCGAGAAGCCCUCAGAAGACUCCCCCCCUCUGCCGCCCCAGCAGUUGCGAGUGGUAUGUGACAACAUGCUACAGGGACUUGGGAGGUACCUGCGCUGUUUAGGAGUCGAUGUGGUCAUGUUGGAGAACACUGAUGAUCACAGAGUAGCAGCAAAGUUAGCACAAGCGGAAGGCCGUGUCAUUCUCACGUGUGGACAACCAUACCAAAGUUUGCGGUCCCAGGUGGGAGAGGGUUGCUGUCUGUCCCUAGACUGUACAGAAAAGGCCAGAGACCAGGCUGUUCGAGUCCUGAGACACUUCAACAUCCAGCCCACUCCCGGUGAUAUAUUCAGCCGCUGCCAGGCAUGUAACAGUGAUCAGUAUGUGGCAGUGCCCAGAGAGGACAUGGUCAGGAUGCUUCAACAGAAAGGAUUUCUGCAGGACCAGGACAACACUGACCACAUACAACAGCAGUCCCAUCAACAGAAAGAAGAGAAGCUUGGUGACAUUCUGACCCCUGAACUCCCCAGGUAUGCCCUUCAGUGUCACUGGGCCCCCCUUUCAGGGUUGGACCCCGACACCCUGACCUUUCCUGGGGGGGCACCCAUACAGCUCCACACCGUGCCCCCUGCCCUUCUGCCGCGGAUACGGCUCUUCUAUGUCUGCACCAGAUGUGGCAAGGUGUUCUGGGAAGGCUCUCACUUUGGCCGUGUCCUCUCCAUGUUUCAGGAGGUCUUACACAUAACAGACGAGGACCCUGAAUCAGUUGCAACGCCCAUUACAGUGGCACAGCAAAACUGACUGAUGUAGAGCUCCUACAGUUUACCUAACACUACGAAACAUCCAGAAUAAAGUUUUAUACGCAUAGCGCCCAGCUGCUGUUAAAUAAAAUUCAUUUUAUUAUUUCACUUAUUUUAAUACCAGAAAAAUAAAAAGAGCUCAUUCUGUGGCUGCACUUUGAUUAUUUUCUUCAUGGUAUUCAUUGUACUGUAUGUUGUUUGCCAUGCUGUGGAAAAUCACGUGACGUUAGUACAUGCUACAUUUGUUCCAUUCAGCACCUGCUAGGGUCACACUGUGGGUGUAUUGUUUAGACUUAAAAACAGUGGCUACUGUAGAUGAUGACAAAACUCAUUUCCUUGGUCUUUUUAGCAGUGUGGCACUGUAGGUUUCCAUUCUGUUACUACAUAUGUUGAAUUUGUAAUUUUUUGGCUUUUAGCUGAUUAUGUGUUAAUAAACAGAUUUGUUUAAUUUAA